UCAGUAUCUCCCCUUUGAUCACCACCACCGGGCCCUGGGGCUGCUGCAGCUUGAAGUCCGGAUCCUUCUGGGCACCCACACCUGGGGACAGUGACAGGAAAGUAUGGGGCUGGCAAGAGGCUCUGGAGCCAGGGUGCAGCACAGGGCCGUGCUAGACCCCAGAGCAGGAGGCAGAGAGAUGUCCCCAUCCCUCACCACCCAUGGCAGCUGGCACUGUGACACUGUGGGACAAAGACUACAGGUAGUUGGAUGUGGUCACAUAAAGAAAAGUGCUUGGCUGGGGAUAAAAGCAAGCUGAAAUGUGGGAGAGAAUAACCCCAAAUAUCUUUGGGCUCGAAGAAGGGUUGCCCUGCCAGCAGCAAUGGGGAGUGCGUUCUGGGAAAGGCUGCAGCUGUGCAGGACCACACACUCACCUGGGACAUUCUGAAGCAGGAGCAGCACCAGGCAGGUUAGAGGCAUCGCCUGCAGUGCCCGAGUCGUGCUGAUUGCCAUGUUCUACUACCUGCUGCUGUGGCUCAAUGUGGCUCUGAGUGGUGUGGCCCCAGGCUCUCUUCCUGCUGAAACGGGAAGGAAGGGGUUUGGGUUUUUCCACUGACCAAGCUCCUCUCUGCAGCCCUGUGCAAUCCCAGAGGGUGCCGAUGUUGUUUGUGGCACCUUGUUUUGAUGAGUGUUCCUUGUCAUCAAUGCUGGUCCCACUCCACCCUUGAAUGAGUGACACUGCCACAGCCACCAACAUGGGGCAGCCAGAGAGACUGGCUCCAAACCGAUGUGCACCUCAAGCAAGGCAGGCUGCUGUGCCACUUGUGCAGGGCUUCCACAUAGCCCCCCUACUGCUGAGGCUGUCUUGCUGAGAUCAAGGUCAGAGCUGCUCUCCUGCCCUGCGCCCAUCACAGCCCCUCCAGCCCUAAGCUCUGUGCAGGGGUUGGGGCGAGCUCAGGGUGCACCAGUCCAGGAUGCACUUUGAGGUUUAAGCCCCGCUGAGCUCCCUGCUGGCUCAGUGUCCUACCGGCUGCCCCGUGCAGGCACCAAAAGUGUUAACAGCAUGCGCCCGCUCGCCUCCAUUUCCUGUGCAGCUUCUCAUUUUCCUUCUGGAGUCAGAGCCCAAACUUUUGGCAGCGCCGAUGGCUGAGCUCCGUGCUGUGCUGCUGCUUCGGCUCUUGGUUGGGCAGCUCAGCCUCUUCCUGGCGUGGCUGUGGGGUGCCCAGGCAGGAUGGGGCUUCAAGCUGCACCAGCCCGAGAACAAGGUGUGGGUGGCCAUGGGGCAGACGCUGACCCUGACCUGCACAGUGACUGGAUUGGGUCCCCCCGGCCCUGUGAAGUGGCUGAAGGGCUGGGGCAGCAGCAAUCAGACUGUGUAUGAUCAGAAAGGCUCCUCACACCGCGUGACGAGGGCAGUGAAUGAGUCCAACACAGAUUUCACCAUCCACAUUGAGGACAUCCACCCCGAGGACGCCGGCACUUAUUACUGUGUGAAGUUUCACAAACAGAUCUUGGGUGAUGAGUUGUUCGAUCACGGUCGGGGCACGAAGGUGUCCGUGUAUGAGACCUCUCCGUUCCCCAGCAUGGCGGUUGCAGCUGCUGUGCUCUGCUUCAUCCUCCUCAUCUUCGUCCUCGCCUUCUGCUUGUACCGCAGGAAGCAGAGGGAAGGGGAGCAGAGCCAGCACGUGGCUGAGGUGACCACAGGCAGCUGCUUGCCCUUCCCUCUCCCAUGCUGUGCAGGGAACCCUGGCACCCCCAGCAGUGAAGUUGAGGAUGCAGAGAACCCAAAGCUGCCCCACCAGCAAAGCAGUGAGGUGGACAAGGACAUCCAUUAUGCUGACCUGCAGCCGCUGCCUGCAGCACGGUGGCCCAGCGGGAGCCCUGGUGCUGAACGCUCUGAGUAUGCCAGCAUCAGGGGAGCUGCUAAGUGAGCUGGCCCUGCCACAGCAAUGAGGCAGGAAGCAGAGACUUUGUGCGGGCACCAGAAAGAAGAAGUGGAGCUGCUUGGAGCCGGCCAAGCUUGGCACGAGGAUCUCAAAUCUCUCCUUCCUGUCUUGGUGGCCAUGCCAGGCAGGGGCAGGCUCAGCUCAGGCUCAGCAGAGCCUCUCCAGGAAUCAGCAGCCCCAUGGAGUGCAGGAUCAGGGCAGUGAGCUGAGCACCUUUGCCUUGUGCAAGCUGUGCAGUGCUGUUGGCUCCAGGAUGACCUCAUGAAUGUCUCCACCAGCACAGGCCACCAGAGCUCAACAGAUCCACGAUUCGUAUCAUCCCAUCACCACACCAAGCUCAUCCCCAUUAAAGCCAGCAAACAGCCAUGCCACCUGGUCCUGCUGUGUUCAGAGCCAGAAUGAUGCUGCAGUGGCAGCAGGGGCCUGGAGAUGUGUGGCCACCACAACUUCAUGCCCAGUGUGCUGCUGCCAACUCCGUGCUGAGCCCCCCAACAGCUCCCACCAAGCAGGGCUGGGAUUAAAUAAAGCAGAACCCCAGCUCUGCUCUGACCCGCCUGGAUGGUUGGUGAGAGGCAGGCUGGGCUCCCUGGUCCUGCAGCUCUGGUGCCUGCCAUGUUCAUCUCCAGCCCACUCCUUCCUUCCCUCAGUCCUCUGUAACCCACAUCCUGUGGCCACACGCCGGGAGGAGGACGGAGCGAGGUGGAGGCAGGGAGCUGUGUCAUAGGCUCUUUUCCUGCAGAGAAAUCAUUGCAGCUGCCUCUGACCUUGAAAGCUGUAUGCACUUAUCAGCUUUCAACUAUUUUAUCUGCUUUUCUGUGAAAUAAAAAAAGGGAAGUGAAAGAGGA